AAUAAUAGCGCGGAGGAAGUGACGAUAGCGGAAAUACAAGGGACGGUCAGAGAAGUUCGAAGAACACCGAGCUUAAGCGUUCUUCUCGUGCUUGAGAGACAAGUAGGAGGCGAAGAUGUCGGAGCGAAAAGUUUUAAACAAAUACUACCCGCCCGACUUUGACCCGUCAAAGAUCCCCAAACUCAAGCUCCCCAAGGAUCGGCAGUACGUGGUGCGGCUGAUGGCUCCCUUCAACAUGAGGUGUAAGACGUGCGGAGAGUACAUCUACAAGGGCAAGAAGUUCAACGCGCGCAAGGAGACGGUGCAGAACGAGGCCUACCUGGGCCUGCCCAUCUUCCGCUUCUACAUCAAGUGCACGCGGUGCCUGGCAGAGAUCACCUUCAAGACGGACCCCGAGAACACCGACUACACCAUGGAGCACGGAGCCACGCGGAACUUCCAGGCGGAGAAGCUCCUGGAGGAGGAGGAGAAGAGGGUACAGAAGGAGCGCGAGGACGAGGAGCUCAACAACCCCAUGAAGGUGCUGGAGAACCGGACCAAGGAUUCGAAGCUGGAGAUGGAGGUUCUAGAGAACCUGCAGGAGCUCAAGGACCUGAACCAGCGGCAGGCCCACGUGGACUUCGAGGCCAUGCUGCGGCAGCACCGGCUGUCGGAGGACGAGCGGCAGAAGCAGGAGCAGGAGGAGGACGAGCGGGAGACGGCGGCCUUGGUGGAGGAGGCGCGCAGACGCCGGCUGCUGGAGGACUCUGACUCGGAGGAGGAGGCGGCGGCUCCUGCCCCACCGCGGCUGGCCGUCCGGCCCAGGCCCACCGCCAUCCUGGAGGAGGCCCCAAAAGCCAAGAGGAAGGCAGAAAGCUGGGAACGGAGUGUCGGCACCCUUGGCAGCAGGCCCCAGCUGUCGGGCCUGGUCGUGGUGAAGAAAACAGACCUGGGUUGCAGCACCCGGCAGGGCCUGGCAUCGCCCACCUCCCAGGGGCCCGUGCGGAGCAGCAAAGCAGCUGACCCUGCGCCCCGGUUGCCGGGCACCUCCUCCCUGAGCCAGCUGGGGGCCUAUUCGGACAGCGAGGACAGCAGCGGCAGCAACUGAGACCCAGGCCCUUCCCCAGGUCAAGGUCCCGCAUCCAGAGCACCAGCCAGAGCCACGCGUGACUGGGCGAACCCGGAAGUCCUCUGCGGCAGGCAGGGCCGGCACGGGCUGCGGCCAGGGGACUCGGUUUCUGUCCUCUCCCCUCACCUGCCGGCCCUCGGGGACCUCGGGGUCCCCAGCUGACACUGCCGCCCUCCGUUUGGGGCCGUGCCAUCCCUGGGAGGGCUCCCAGCAGGCCUCUGUGGGCCACACGGGGCUAAUCCGGCCUCUUGGCUCUCGGAAGCUGACAGACGGUAAAGGUCCGUUGACUGGUGGACGUCUGAGGGGGUUGUACGUAGCACUAGAUCGCCGGGCCCGCCGCUGGUCACCGGGCGGGAAAUUGACGCCGGAGCUCACGUGGUUUCGGUGGCCCGACUCCGGCUCCCCGGCUCUGGGAUAGUUCUCGCCCGCUCCAGAACGUUCUGGUUGAAGGUCCUGUGCUCCCGCCAGACUCCUUCAGCCCCUGAUCCGCAGCUCUGCUCUCCCGCCCCCUCACCCCCAGCGUCGCCGGCCUCUGCCCCCCUCCCGCAUACUCACAUUAGUUUGGCAUCUGGGAAUGCAGCUUUGUGCUUCCCGCUGGCAGAGUGUGGGAUCCAGCCAGGCCCCGGGGCCCCACCUCACCCUGAAAACAGGACCCCAGGGGGCCCAAGUUCUGGAAUGCAGAUGGUGGCCCCGGCUUGGGCUUGCUGGUUGGUGCGUCCCUCCCUCCAGUUCCCCCCAGCAGCAUCCUCUCUGUGGUCACCUUGGCCGUGGUGGGAGUACUUACGCCGCGGGAGUCCGCACACAGAUCAGUGCCCUGUGCAGGAGAGCCAGCUGUGGGCACUUAACAGCCUGCCCGGCCCGCUUCCCCAAAGUCAAAGUCAGCAUCGUCCCGCGCGCGCUGCCCCGGAUGGGGCUGUUCAGAGCAGCGGCUGGAGGAGAGCAUCCAGGCCAGGAAGCACUUGUGGGAGAGAUGAGGACGCGUGGGGCCCGCUCACUCUGAUGUGUCCCCGCAGCCCAUCUCCUGAGCUCCCGUCCUUUGUGGCCGUGUGUGCGUGCCAGCUGUCCCUGUUCUUUGCUGAAGAUCAUGGAUCCUGUUCUGAAACUCGGAUCAGUGAACUAUGAUUGGUGGGCCAAAGCUGGCCCACAGCCUGUUUUUGUGAAUAAAGUUUUAUUGGCACAGCA